AUGACGCUCUUUCUCAGUUUAAUCACUUACGUCCUUGUCCUGGUCAACGCGGUCCUCGCCCGAUUCGAAGCCGUCGUUGUCGCCCGCAACAAGACAAUCACUGACCUUUCACUCACUGAUGAUCUUCUUACUUUCAACCUCGAUCCAGACAUUGUCGGCCCGGUGUGCGGUCUGACGUACGAGGCGAACGUUAACGUCAAAAACGGCGGCGAUCCAUCCAAGACUAGUGACUACUGCAAUCUACUCUACAGGUACAUCACGAAUACAGCGAGCGACGGCAAAACAUCAAAAAACGUUAAUGCUGUCUACACCUGCCCCGGUAUUCCGGAGCCAACAGACCCUGAAGGCUAUGGUUCUCUCGACAUCAAAUUGAUUCUGAAUGGGCCUUCGGAUUUUCCACGUGAUCAGAACCAAGAAGCAGCCACCUUGCAUCUCCUCAACAUCCACGACGCCGCCGACCUCACAAUGCCCGUCACGAUAGGUUACAAAGUCACCUCGAAUUCAGAGCUUAUCUGGCAAUACAUCAACUGCCCAUGA